GCGCGAUAGAGCUCGGUGUCGACACCUUCUCCAUCACUUGAUCAUAUCGGCAGGUCGCCCGGCUGUCUUCUUAUUUCCUGUCCCAGCCAGCCUAUCCACCACACAUCUCAACCACGCACAGCAUGAGUUUCCCCAGCGUGACCCCGCCCCUCGGAGGGAUGGGCGGCGGCCCCAACAUGCAGGGCAUGAGCGAGCAGGAGCAAGCGAUGGUGAAGCUGAUGUACGGCGCGAUGGAAUCCUGCCCCGUGAAGACGGUCAUCUCGGGUACGAUGGGUUUCGGUCUGGGUGGUGUGUUCGGGUUGUUUAUGGCUAGUAUGUCCUACGACUCCACCUUCACGCCGCAGGGCAAAGCGAUCAUGGACCUCCCCUGGCGCGAACAGGUCCGCCGCGGCUUCAAGGACAUGGGCUCGCGGUCGUGGUCGUCGGCCAAGAACUUCGGCAUCGUGGGCGCGCUGUACUCGGGCACCGAGUGCUGCAUCGAGGGGCUGCGGGCCAAGAACGACCUCACCAACAGCGUCGCGGCGGGGUGCAUCACCGGCGGCAUUCUGGGGGCCAAGGCGGGGCCCCAGGCUGCUGCGGCGGGCUGUGCGGGUUUCGCGGCGUUUAGUGCGGCGAUUGAUGCUUAUAUGCGGAUGCCGGCGGAUGAUGAUUAGACUGUCAGUUUAGGGGGG